AUGGCUCGAGUAUCUGACACCUGGGGCCUAGAGUCACAUGCCAGGAAACUCUAUACUCCUGGGCCCCAGGUCGCAGCUUCCAGGUGCCCGCCGUCCCUACCCCGGGCCGGCCUCAAUGCCGUGCCCAACGGUAUCCCCAACGACACCCGAAAGCUUUACCUGGAUGCCAACCAGCUGGCACUGACGAGGUGCCUGGAGCUGAUGCUGGCGAGCUUUUACGUGGUGAUGGAGGUGGUGGAAACCGUGCAGGAAGUCACUCUGGAGAGAGCUGGCAGGGCAAAAGCCAUCUUGUGUCUCCCCAUCUUUGCCCAACUAAAACUACAGGGAUCCGUGGACCAGGAGCAGGUUUUAACCAUCCCCAAGGGCUGUGUCCUGGCCUACCGAGUGAGACAACUGGUGGUCCACAUGAGAAAUGACUGGAACAUUCUACACAUUUACAAUGACAGCAUGCCAACCUUCUUUGGUAAGAGGGCACCAGAUGAAGGGGUGCCUGCCACAUUAACUGUGCCCCUAGGGGAGAUGCACAAAGACUUCAAGACAUUGAAGGAAGAGGUUCAGCGAGAGACACACCAAGUGGAGAAGUUGAGUCCAGUGGAGCGAAGCUCCCUCCUCACUUCCCUCAGCCAUCUCCUAGGAAAGAAGAAAGAGCUCCGGGACCUGGAGCUGAAGCUUGCAGGGGCUCUAGACAAGAGACAACAAAUGACCCUGGAAGCACUCCCCAAAGAUGUCCUUCUGUCAAGGGACACCAUGGACGCCAUCCUCUACUUCCUUGGGGCACUGAAAAUGCUAAGUGAAGUCCAACAGAAGCUUCUACUAAAAUCUGUGGAGAAAAAAAUCCUACCAGCGCAACUGAAGCUGGUUGAAAGCACCCUGCAGCAGAACUUCCUGCAAGAUAAAGAGGGUGUUUUCCCCCUGCGACCUGAUCUGCUCUCCUCCCUCAAGGAGGAGGAACUGAACAUAACAGAAGCUCUGGUGGGGCUGAGCGGCCUGGAAGUCCAGAGAUCAGGCCCCCAGUACACGUGGGAUCCCGACACUCUCCCGGACCUCUGUGCCCUCUACGCUGGUCUCUCCCUCCUUCAGCUGCUAAGCAAAGGUUCCUAAUGCACCUUCUCCCUGCCUCCCUAAUGCCUUCCCAGCCUUACUGCGCUCUAUCUGUAACACUCCAAGGCACUACAGAGCCUCCAGCCUGAGGACAACUGAAAUUCCACGUCGUCCACCAAGUUCCUCCUGCCUCACCAUCUAACUAUCUCCUUCUGUCCUCCAGCUCAACACCCACUGAGCCCAUCUCCUGAUGCUUAAAUCCUGACAAUACAGAAUCAU